AUGACCGACUCAGCCCGCAGCGAGGCGAAAUCCCAAAGGCCGAAGAAGACGGCCAGCCGCCAGUCGCGCUCCUGUCGCGUGUGUCGCGUCCGCAAGGUCAAGUGCGAUCGAGUCAAGCCAUGCCAUGCUUGCUGCGCUCACGGCCACCCCUCCGAAUGCGUCUACGACCUAGGGCCGGGCGAUGAGGAUUUCCAGCCUAUCAGCCAGGCCGACGAGAUCCGCAAUCUGCGCAACGAGAUCAAGGAAUUGCGCGCGAAGAUUAGCCGCCAAAUGACGCACUCAGGAGAACACGCUUCUGGUGCGCGCAGGCUGGCUGAACUGGAGCGGCUCUUCGACGCGAUCCGCUCAGCGCCAAUCGAUGUGGUCGAUGACCUGAUUGGGCAGAUUCGUGCCGGCCGUCGCGGCCUGCCUCGUUCAGGGACUGCCGAUGAGGAUGACGCAUCCGAUGGAAGCUCGACCAGCAGCUCGAGCUUGAUGACCUCGCGCCGCCUGCUACCCCUGCGGCCCCUGCCAUAUAGCAGAGUAUCACCGUCCGGAUCCGCCGAGGCGGAAGAGCAGGACGAGUAUGACUUCAACACCGACAGCGGGUCCCGAUCUCGAUCGUCCAGUGCGGACACCAGCAGUACCAGCGGCAGCAGCAGCAGUAGUGCCAGCACCAUCAGUAUCGAUGACGACUCGUGUGGCCCUCUGUCGCGCUUCGCGUCCGCCAAGCUGGCUUUGGAUGUCUUUGUCGAGCGCUUUCUCGAUGCCUUCAGUCCCGAAGUCGACAGCAGCUCCGGCCGCGCAGGCGCCUUGCGCGCCGCGGCCAGUAUCCGCAUGUUUUCGCCCAUGAUCGCCAAUGCCUUUGACGCGGUCUCCAUGACAUUCUUCGGGCGUAGUGUCAAGGAUCCGCGCAUCGAAUCCGCCGGGCUGCAGCUGUAUCCCCGCACGCUGCGUUCGUUGCAGCAGGCCCUUCUGGACCCGGAGCGAAGCCGCGCGGAGGCGACGCUGGUGACGGUGACGCUGCUGCUGGCGUUUGAGAGCAUUGAGCGCACCUCGCAGCAGGGCGUCUCAGCGCAUGCCAUGGGCGCGAUGCGCCUGAUGCAGCAUCGGGGGCCGGAGAACCACAUGUACGGCGUCGAGCAUCUCCUGUUUACGGAAUUGCGGCCUUACUGGGUCGGGGCUACCAUAGUCGACCGCAAACCCACCUUUUUCAACGAACCGGCCUGGAAGACGGUGCCGUGGUCGGCGGGCACGACGGAGAAAGACCUGCUGCAUCAUCUGCUGGAUCUGGCGGUGGAAAUCCCCGAGCUGCUGUGGAAACACGACCAGCUGGCGGCAGCACAGCGAUCGCAAGUUCUGGGGCGGACGGAGCUCCGCGUCAAGCAGACGCAGUUGUGGAACGGCAUCGCUGAUCUGACCUACCGGUUUCUGCAGUUUAAGCAGGACUGGAUCGACUGCUAUCCGGCGGGUGCGCCGCAGGAGACGGUCGAACCGCAGGGCCCGGACGAGUUUCCGGUGUUUCGGUACUACGAUCUACGGACGAUGAAGGUGGUCCAGCCGCCGACGUUGGUCUACCCGGACCUGCGGCUGCUGCAGACGGUGUGCGUCUACUCGGCGUACCGACUGAUCCUGUCGACGAUCGACACGCGGCCUGAGGGCGCGGUGACGAUGGCGGAGAAGUACCAGCUGGCGUGCGACAUCGCGCGGAGUCUGGAAUGCUAUAUCCGGCGCGCGCCGGGCAACAUGAUCAAUCGGCUGGCGCUCCCGGUGCGAGUCGCCUGGGAGGCGUUUCCGCCGGGCGGUGUCGAGCGCGACUUUCUGCGGCAGGUGUUUGCGCUGGUUGAGCAGCGCCAUGCGCUACGGUUGUGGGGGAGUUCGAUGCCGGAGCUGUCUCCGCGGGCGGGAUCUCCUUAG